AUGGAUGUUGCACGAGGCAUCUUGGUGAAAAUGCCCGUAAAAAGUUUUCAUUGUGGAGCUUUUCUUGGACAUUAUUACCAUGCAACAAAAGCAUAUCGGAGAGAUGUGUUCCAUGACCAUUUUGAACAAAUUCGAAUCAUCAAUGCGGAGGUUGCUGAUUAUCUUGAGAAUGUUGGAUUUCACAAAUGGAGUAGAGCAUAUUUUCCAGGAAACAGAUAUGAUGUAUUGACCUCAAAUAUUGCUGAGUCUGCUAAUGCAAUGUUCAAUGAAGCAAGAGAAUUUUCCAUUAUUGCCUUGUUUAAUGAUAUAAGCAAGAGAUGGUCGGAAAAAUUUCAUGAGAGAAGAAUGGCAUACGCCAAGUUAAAAACCACCUUCGUUCCUUUAGCUGAAACUAAAAUAACGGCUAAUAAGAAUCUGGGAAAUAAAUUAUUGGUCCAUCAAAUUGAUGAAGACACCUUCAGCGUCACCGCGGACAAUGGAAUCGCAAUGGUCCAUCUUCGAAGUAAAAUAUGUUUGUGUCGAGAGUUUGACUUGGAUAAAAUACCCUGUCAACAUGCUAUGGCUGCGCUCAGACACAAAUUUGGAGAUGAAUAUGGCAAGAUGAUUUAUGAGACUCUUAUCCGUAUUAUAAGGUAG